AUGCUUUUCCAAACAUCCACCAUUCUCGCCCUCCUCCCAGCCCUCGCGGCCGCCAUCCGCGCCCCCAACAAAGAAGGCCUCAAGCUCGUCUUCGAGGAGACCUUUGACGGCCCCGCUGGCGCCACGGUCAACGAGGACACAUGGCAGAUCGCUCUCAACAUCAACUCCAACAACGAGCACCAGGUGUACACGACCUCCAACGACAACAUGCAGAUCUCGGGUGGCGGCUCCCUGCAGAUCGUGCCGCGCCGCCACGCCGACGGGUCCUGGACCUCGGGCCGCAUCGAGUCCCGCGACUCGUGGACCGCCCCUCCCGGCGGUGUCAUGCAGAUCGAGGGCAGCAUUCGGCUCGGCUGGAACCUGCAGGGCAGCAAGCAGGGCAUCUGGCCCGCCUUUUGGACCCUGGGCGACGCCCUCCGCCACGGCACCGAGUGGCCGCAGUGCGGCGAGAUCGACAUCAUGGAGCAGGUCAGCGGCGCCCCGACUGCCUACGCCACCGUCCACUGCGACGUGUACCCGGGUGGCCGCUGCCAGGAGCCCCUGGGCCGCCAGGGAACCACUUCCAUGUCGGACGAUGACUGGCACGCCUGGGCCGUCAAGAUCGACCGCACCGAUAACGACUGGACCCGCCAGGUCAUCACCUGGACAAAGGACGGUGCCGAGUUCCACAGGCUCACCGGCGACAUGAUCGGUGACCAGGGCAUCUGGGGCACCAUCGCCCACAGCCCGCUGUACGUUCUCUUGAACGUUGCAGUCGGUGGAAACUGGCCCGGAGCACCCAACGACGCUACCUUGGAUGGUUACGGCAGCAUGAUGGAAGUUCAAUACGUUGCCGUCUACACAUCGUAGGCUCCCUUGGGACUCGAAAAAGAAAGAAAAAAUCGGAGCAAAGUCAGCUAAAAUCCGCGCCGUGGUUUAUCGGAACGGCAAGAAAAUAGCUGAGAAUUUUCCACCUAACGACUGCAUGACCUCUUUUUUUGUUUUUAUUUUCAAACGGGAUGGCCCCCCCAGCGCAUGUUUUAUCCGCCUUGUCUUUUUUUUGAGUAGGUCAGGACCUUUUUUAGAUGGUGAUAACAGUUCACAUUAGGGACUUUUUUGUUUGUGGAAACAACAAGAGAAAAAAAAAAAAGUAUAAACUCUUCUCGGUAUACAUAUUACAUAACUCUUGAAUCAUAUUCCGGUAUAUAGAUGAUGAAUAUACAGCAAAGCUGGUGUCGAA